UGGUGUGUCACUGCUAAUACCUUUACUGGAGACCACCUUUGGGAAGAGAUUUCCUUUGCUCAUUUUACGCACGUUGUUUCCAAGAUCAUAACUGCUGAGAUUUCAGUUGGCUUUGAGAAUUCUGAGAAUACCUGCAGCUUCAGAGGGGCGAUCAGCUGAAAACAAUCUGUUUGAAGCAUCUGGCGUCUCGCCCCUCACCUCUAACUGCGUGCCAAAGAGGGACCCCAUGAAAGAUGACAGAGGAAGUCAUUGUGAUAGCGAAGUGGGAUUACACCGCCCAGCAGGAGCAGGAGCUGGACAUCAAGAAGAAUGAGCGCCUGUGGCUGCUGGAUGACUCCAAGACGUGGUGGCGGGUGCGCAACGUGGCCAACAGGACGGGCUACGUGCCGUCCAAUUACGUGGAGAGGAAGAACAGCCUGAAGAAAGGCUCGCUCGUGAAAAAUCUGAAAGACACGCUAGGCCUCGGGAAAACGAAGAGGAAGACGAGCGCACGGGACGCCUCGCCGACGCCCAGCACGGACGCCGAGUACCCGGCCAACGGCAGCAGCGGCAGCAGUAGCGCCGACCGCAUCUACGACCUCAACAUCCCCGCCUACGUCAAGUUCGCCUACCUGGCCGAGAGGGAGGACGAGCUGUCCCUGGUGAAGGGGUCCCGCGUCGUCGUCAUGGAGAAGUGCAGCGACGGCUGGUGGCGAGGCAGCUACAAUGGGCAGAUUGGCUGGUUCCCGUCAAACUACGUCCUGGAGGAGGUGGACGAGGCCACCGCGGACUCGCCGAGCUUCCCGAGCUUGCGCAAGGGCGCCUCGCUGAGCAACGGCCAGGGCGUGCGCGUCCUCCACGUGGUCCAGACCCUGUACCCGUUCAGCUCGGUGACCGAGGAGGAGCUCAAUUUCGAGAAGGGCGAAACCAUGGAAGUGAUUGAGAAACCGGAAAAUGACCCAGAGUGGUGGAAAUGUAAAAAUUCCCGGGGACAGAUUGGCCUCGUUCCCAAGAACUAUGUGGUCGUCCUCAGUGAGGGGCCCGCCCUGCACCCAUCCCACGUGCCGCAGAUAAGCUACACCGGGCCUUCGGCCACUGGACGCUUCGCCGGGAGAGAGUGGUACUAUGGGAACGUCACGCGGCACCAGGCGGAGUGCGCCCUCAACGAGCGGGGCGUGGAAGGGGACUUCCUCAUUAGAGACAGUGAGUCUUCGCCCAGUGACUUCUCCGUCUCACUCAAAGCGUCAGGGAAGAACAAGCAUUUCAAGGUGCAGCUCGCGGACAAUGUCUACUGCAUCGGGCAGCGGCGGUUUCACACCAUGGAUGAGUUGGUGGAACACUACAAAAAGGCCCCCAUCUUCACCAGCGAACACGGGGAGAAGUUGUACCUUGUCAAAGCACUUCAGUGACAACCGAGACGGACUCCCCUCCCGCCACCUUCUCCCGAAGACGACAGGCCUUAGGUCCCACCCCCGCAGGGCACAGCGCUCACCCGUCCCAGAAAGAAGCCGAAGCCCCAGGCUCCGCCCGCACAGCGUUGAGUUGUGCCUGGAGGCUCGUCCCUUAUCGGGUUCUUUGCCAGUUUCUCUUAUAUAUUCGGUUUGCCUCCGGUUCAAACCAUCAGCAGCCAUCCCAGGCGCGCGCGCGAGUCCAUGCGAGAGCCCGGCCGCUCUCACCCCCUGGGUUUAUAGAAUGUGGGGGCGGCUGAGGAGGCUUCUGCCACCGGAAGCCGUGGUAGUGUUGAGCUGUCCAUGCUGACAGGACCCCUCGCUAAAAAGACACGGCACCGUCGGAACGCACGGACGAUGCAAUCCAGUUAGCGGCAUGGAGGACACUCAAGACAGACACGGUGGCCUGCAGUACUGGGACUCUGGCUGACCAGGGAGCACGUGAGGGGCCCUGAGAUCCUCCCAUCCCACUGCCCUUUGCUCUCACGUCACUUCCCCCACGCCGCCCCCACUCCCACCCCCCACCGCCGAGCGCACGCGUUUGGUGAGUCAACGGCCCGGUGAGCUGACCCCGACGGAAAUCAGCCGAGCGCGUUUUGGGCCAUGCUUGCAAUAAAGAAAAAGAUACCCCAGAAAGUCAGUCUGCACAGGCGGGAACGGUGACUCAUGAAGAUAGAAGAACGAUCUGGUAGUUAACCCCCGAAUGUGCCAUCCACAUAGUGCUUUUCCUUUUGCCCUCUGCUUGCUUGAACUUGACAAUUAUGUAUUUAAUUCUCAAAGUAAUGUGUACCUGUAGCCGUUUGUUGACACUAACACACAUGAUUAUGGAAAACAGCUGAUCUUUGGGGAAGGGCGCUACCAAUGCUUUAUAUAUGUGUGUGUAUACAUACACACACACAUAGUAGGUGUAUGUAUAUGCAUACAUAUAGAAUUUGCUUUACAGGGAAAUUUUUCAGGGUUUACAGAGAAUAUGUGAUCAGUGGUGAGAGACACACAGAAUGUUUAUAAAGAAAAUGCAGUUUCUUUUUUUCUUUACACUUAAAUUUCUUUAUAGUUUAAAUCUACAUCUUGAGAUGGCACAUUCCUAAGAUUGAAGAGGGGGUCUUGAGAUUCCCCCAAACUUGCAUACCCAGUUUUUUGGAUAUUGUAAUAAAAAAGUAUUAUGACAAGA